AAAAAGGAAGAUGAUGGUGAUGAGAUAAAGAUUGGGACUACGUGCAAAAAUGCAGGCUGUUCAAAGACAUUCGAAGGACCAAGCAGCACAGAAGAUGUGUGUAUUUAUCAUGCUGGUGUGCCCAUAUUCCACGAAGGGAUGAAGUACUGGAGUUGUUGUAAGAGGAAAACAUCAGAUUUUAAUACUUUUUUGUCUCAAGAGGGCUGCACAACAGGAACACAUCUAUGGAUUAAGAAGGAUGCCGGGAAGAAGGUGGUCCCCUGUAGACACGAUUGGCAUCAAACUGGACGUGAAGUGACAAUUUCAAUCUACGCGAAGAAUUCCAUUCCUGAACUUAGCCGAGUAGAGGCAAACAGGACAUUAGUAAAUAUCCACAUUGUGUUUGAAGGCGAUAAGGUGUUCAGUCAGAAUCUGAAUUUAUGGGGUGUGAUUGAUGUGAAAAGAAGCUACGUAAAUAUGACCGCUACAAAGAUUGAGCUCACCAUGAGGAAAGCUGAGCCCAUGUUAUGGGCAGGCUUGGAACUCCCAGCAUCCAAAUUGCAACCCAAAGAGCCUCAAAACAUGGUGGGACAAGCUUGAAAUCUGAAAAAAGAGUCUGGCUACUGUGCCUGGUGAAAUGGUGACUUGGCGUUUAAACCCAGAUUGAUU